AUGAUCUUUUCAUUUGUUAUUCCGGCCUAUUUGAUGCCCUUUCUCUUUGUGCCUGCAGGCUGUGAGAGUGACUUCUGGGGUCCUCAUUGCAGUAAUCGGUGCCAGUGUCGAAAUGGGGCUAAAUGUAACCCCAUCACAGGUGCCUGCGUCUGCACUGAUGGUUACCAGGGAUGGCGUUGCGAGGAGCUUUGUGAGCCUGGUUACUAUGGCAAGGCUUGUCAGUUACCUUGCCAGUGUCUCAAUGGUGCCACCUGCAACCAUGAGACAGGCGAGUGCAUUUGUGCACCGGGGUAUUCAGGAGCUUUCUGUGGAGAGCGCUGCCCCAAUGGUAGUCAUGGGCCUCAGUGUGAGCAGCGCUGCCCCUGUCAGAACGGAGGAAUGUGCCACCACAUCACAGGCGACUGCUCUUGCCCUGCCGGAUGGACGGGUUCAGUGUGUGCCCAGCCCUGCCCUCUUGGAAAGUACGGCAUCAACUGCAGCAAAGACUGUUCAUGUCGCAAUGGCGGACUGUGUGACCACAUCACAGGGCAGUGCCAGUGUGCAGCAGGCUUCAGUGGACGAAGAUGUCAAGAAGACUGUCCUGUAGGCACAUACGGUCCACAGUGUAACCAAAGGUGCGAGUGCCAAAAUGGUGCCAAGUGUCACCACAUCACUGGAGCCUGUCUUUGUGAAACUGGCUUUAAAGGGCCUAAUUGCCAAGAAAGAUUCUGUCCUCCGGGCCUCUAUGGUUUCAUCUGUGACAAGUACUGCCCCUGUAAUACCACCAACACCGUAAGCUGCCAUCCACUUUCUGGUGAAUGCACGUGCUCUACAGGAUGGACAGGGCUGUACUGUAAUGAGACCUGCCCUCCUGGAUACUAUGGAGAGGGAUGCAUGCUGUUUUGCAGCUGUGCCAAUGGAGCUGACUGUGAUCCCGUCACAGGCGCCUGUAUCUGUGCCCCUGGGUUCAUGGGGGAGGACUGUGCUACAAUCUGUCCACCUGGUCUUUUUGGACCAAACUGCAUGUCAACGUGCUCCUGCCACAAUCAUGCAUCCUGCUCACCGAUCGAUGGCUCCUGCAUCUGCAGGGAAGGCUGGCAGGGAGUGGACUGUUCCAUCCUUUGUUCCAGUGGCACUUGGGGUCUGGUCUGCAACCAAACAUGCUUGUGUAGCAAUGGAGCUGCAUGUGACCCUACAGAUGGCACCUGUUCUUGUUCCCCUGGGUGGAGGGGGGUGCACUGUGAUGAGUCCUGCCCUGACGGCACAUAUGGGCUGGAGUGCCGUGAACGCUGUGACUGCAGCCAUGCGGAUGGCUGUGACCCCGUGACUGGCUACUGCCGCUGCUACCCUGGAUGGACAGGUCAGUACUGCUUCAGAUAUAUGAGCAAGCUCCCAUCCUGUGCCAAAAAGAGCUCACAGAUCAGAGCUGAAUCCACUGCGAUAAUGUGUGCCCACAAGGCUUCUGGGGACCCAACUGUUCAGUCAGCUGUUCCUGUCAGAAUGGAGGGUCCUGCUCUCCUGAGGAUGGCACAUGUGUUUGUGCACCUGGAUACAGAGGAACCUCGUGCAAAAGAAUCUGCUCUCCUGGGUUUUACGGGAAACGCUGCAGCCAGUCGUGUCCACAGUGUGUCCACAGCACCGGGCCGUGCCAUCAUGUCACUGGCCACUGUGAGUGCUUGUCCGGCUUCUCUGGCUCUUUGUGCAGCCAAGGCAAUCUGUCCAAACGGCAGAUACGGGAGGGCCUGUGCUGAGAUCUGCCUCUGUACUAACAACGGCACCUGCAACCCCAUCGAUGGCUCCUGCCAAUGCUUCCCUGGCUGGAUUGGAGAAGAUUGCUCUCAGGCCUGUCCCUCUGGGCACUGGGGCCCUGAUUGUCUGAACUCCUGUAACUGUCACAAUGGAGCCCAGUGCAGUGCCUAUGAUGGGGAGUGCAGGUGCAUCCCCGGCUGGACCGGUCUCUACUGCACACAACGCUGUCCUUCAGGGUUCUAUGGCAGGGACUGCGCUGAAGUCUGUCGGUGCCAGAACGGAGCAGACUGUGACCACAUCACCGGCCAGUGUGCUUGUCGAACUGGUUUCAUUGGGACGAGCUGUGAGCAGAAGUGUCCUGCUGGUACAUUUGGAUAUGGUUGCCAGCAGCUGUGUGAGUGCCUGAACAAUGCUACCUGUGACUAUGUGACUGGAACAUGCUACUGCAGCCCUGGAUACAAAGGCAUCCGCUGUGAUCAAGCAGCUCUGAUGAUGGAAGAGCUCAACCCAUACACUAAGAUUAGCCCAGCACGAGUCUCAGAGCGCCAGUCCGCAGGGGCUGUCAUGGGAAUCAUCUUUCUCCUUCUCAUCAUUAUGGCCAUGCUCAGUCUGUUUGUGUGGUACAGACAGAGGCAGAGGGACAAGGGCCAUGAGAUUCAGCCCAGUGUGUCCUACACACAGGCGAUGCAAAUUAACAGCACUGACUAUUCUCUUUCUGAGUGUGGCAGUACGGUUGCAAUGAGAACCAGCGGCCCAGACACCAACCAGGGUCAGAGCGCCAGCAGCCAGUGCUUCAACAAUCCCAGUUACCACACGGUGGCUCAGUGCAAUGUCGUAUCAACCAUUUCCAGCAGCCUGGAUAACACUCUGACACUCAAAUCAAGCACCCUGAAAAGCAGAAAUGGGUCUGAAUGGAGAGCAUACUGCAACAUCAAUGACAUAGAUGUUCAACAGGGAGAUCCACAGACACAAAGAAGUUCAAGAAAAGAUUAUAUCAAGAGCUCCAUGUGCAGCAACAGCUCCUGCUCUCUGAAUAGUGACAAUCCAUAUGCCACCAUUAGAGACCCACCGGGGUUGGUUUGCAAGCACACAGAAAGCAGCUAUGUGGAGAUGAAAUCCCCCUCCCACCGGGAAGUGCCCUUUGGAGGCACCGCCACCCUCCUGGGCACUGUGAGCAGGAAUGUCUAUGAUGUUGAGCCAACUGUGAAUGUGCUACAGGGACCCAAUGGAAUGGCCACCGGUUUCUCCCAGAGCCCCUAUGACCUUCCCUGCAGCAGCCACAUCCCCAGCCACUACGACAUUCUUCCCAUGCGCCAUAGCCCCACACACACACCUCCGCCACCCCCGGAGAGCCCCAGCUCUUUACUCUAGAGUGUACAACCUCCACCUGUUAACGAUAGCAUGCCGGCAGCUGGGAAUUUAACUUUCAGCCAGCGGCCCUUGCUUUGUGUCCGUGUGAGUUCAAUUAGAUACCGGUAUGUUGAGAUGGAGUGACAGCUACAGCUUCUCUGGAACCUAGUCUCUUUGGUUCCCUCACUUGCACUCUUUCAGUUCCCCUUGAAGGAAACAAGGGGUGGGGGAGUGUCACACACACCAGCGACCAUUCACCGAUUUUAUUUUCUUAUAUUACUGAUCACUCAGUUUGCUGCCUGGCCUGUUUAUGGACCUCCUGAAGUGGAACAUUAUUGUUCAAAACACAGCUAAGGGCAGAAUACAUGAAAUGGGUGAACAGUUUAUUUACAGGGCACACUCAUUUUUAUCCCAUGAUAUAGGUUUAUUACUCAAGAGCAACCAAGUGUUUAUAAUAUCGCUGAAGCAGAAGCGAUUGUCCCUACAGGAUGGAAGUGAUUGCAGCCUUGACUAUGUCAAAGUGGGCAAAGACUAAUGAUGUGCAAACAUCUGUGUAUGAGUUGUCCCGAUGUGCAGCAGCUGCAGACUGCAGUACAGCAAUGUGAAUUGUUUGUGCUCAUCAGCCCUGAAGUGAAGACUUUUUAAUGCAAAAGAAGUUAUUUCUCUGUCCUAUAUGUUAGAUGGCUGAGAGUCAACCCAGUUUGAGAAAACAUGGAUAAAUAGGAAUAUAUUGUAAUGGUUCUGUAUACACUGUUCACUGUUCAGUAAUGAUCACACAGUUAAUACUAAUGUAAGCUAAGUUUUAUUGUUAAUGAGGCCAUGUGUAUUUGGACAUGUAUUUGGGUCACCAGUAUUCAUGCAUAUAUCACAUUACUCAAAGUCACAGACACUGAAUCAGUUUAAAGUUGUUUUUUCCCACACAAAUUAAGUGCUACAAUCCUGUGUUGUUGUUGUUUUUUUAUUUAUGUGGAAGCUUUUUUCUUGCAUUGUUUACAUUUUCAGAAUUUUGGAUGUUAAGAAUUGAUUGCUUUGACCUUUUUAUGUUUUGUAUUUAUAAAGGCAAUUGUUUUAAGUAUUUAUUUAUAUUAUUGAUGGUGUUAUUUUUUAAUCAGUGUGACUAGAAUAAAAAAAAGAUGAGCAUGAUCAGAUAAUGGAUACCCACUAAUGUAGAUAAUACACAAUUUAUCUUGUGAGAUUAGCAGUGUCAUUUUGUGAGCUGUUUUUGAAGUCACUUAAAAUGUUCUCUUUCUGUCAAAUUGUAGAUUGAAAAAAAAAAUCAUAUGACCAGUUUAAGACCCACAAAUCCCCUGUGCAGCAUUCACCAAGGUAACCAUAUGUAAAAAUUCAUUAAAAAUAGGAUUUUAUGUUUACAUUGGGCUAUUUAACUUCUUCGUGGGAACUGGAUUUGCUCAUUGAUUAUGUGAAUGCCAUCUCACUCUCUGUUGAAGCAAUAACAUUUUGACAAUCGAUGCACAGCCAGUAUUUCAUUAUUGCUGGACGUAAUUAUGUCAUCUUUAACCAGCGUAGAAAAGGCUCACCAUAUUUUACUUGAUUGUUUGUCCUUUCAGGACAGUUUUUCUGGUUGCUGUCAUAUCAAAGAUGGUUUUUGUUUUGGUUUCUAAGUUUCAAAUUAAAUACCUAUUCUGCCAUCAGAAACCUGUCUCAAUCAGGUCAAUACAUGUGAUAAAAGAAGAAAACAGGAUGUCUAAGUAAUGAUAAACGUGAUUGGGUUACUGGGUUCUCUUCACAGCCUUUGAGUGAGGAAUUUACCAUAAUAAUUCUCAAUAGAAACCUUGCAAACUCAUGAGGGAAAACAUUUCAGAAAAGUAUUCUAAAAAUUAUUAGACUAAGAAAUUACAUUGAAAGUAGUCUACAUCUAGUUCUAGUUCUGAGAAGCUUGUUAAUAUAUCUCCUAAAUGACAACAGUGCUUUUUAAAAACAUGUAUAUACUUUGUACCAAGUGAUGUUAAGGAAUUUCUCUGCCUCAGCCUUGUGGGAUGUGUGCAGGAAUUAAACUCUUUUGUAUGUAUAAUUCACUGAUCAACUGACAUUAGACAAAAAGUAGCCUGUCACUGCCUCUCUCAUUUGAAAGUUUGGAGUCUGUUUAAUCUCUGACCGUGCCCACCUUCUAGUUUCUCAUAUGAGCUACGGUGAAAGUCUCCAGUUUUCCAUCAGGAGUUCAUCACUGCAGCAAGAUAAAGUGUUAAAUGCUGGAAGUUCUAUCUAAUUUCAUGGAAAUGAUCAUCCUGUGUCCACCAAUAUGGGCGGAUCUCUGUCAGAUAGCACAGUUUAGAAUUGAAUAAUGUCACUGCUAAAAUACAUCAUCGCUGAAACACAAAGAAAAAAGUUAGAUUUCUUAAAAGUAUCAAAUGUGAACUCAGCCUGUUAGAACAAACAAACCUUUCAUCAGGGCAGUUAAAUUGAUGCAAUACUGGACCAUACACUGUCACAUGUUAAUGGAGGCCAUAUUUCCAAGAACCACCUGAACUCAACCACAACAUUAACUGAAUAAACUGAUUUAAACAUGCAACACAUGCUGUGAAAACAAUGUCCAAGGCAAGGUGAACGUGUUGAGUAUGUAUUACUAAGGAACUGUGGCUGUCAUAAAUUAUUCUUAUGGGAUAAAUGACACGUCUUUGUACUUGGACAAAGCCUCAUUAAGCCAGUUCUCUGCAUUUGAGGUGUUGCUCAGCAGCAGCAGAUUUCCAAAGUGCUAUAGAUGAUGAGCAUGCACCCAAAUGACAGCCAACAAACCCUGAGUAAAAAGAAGUUGAGUCAGGAGGUGUGGACGGCGCUAAAAAGAAAGAGAAACAUAAAAACACAAGAUCAAACUGCUGCCAGAUGGGCUCUCAAGAUGGAUAUUGAUUUUGUAGAUUGCUGAAUGCCUCCAUGAUAUA